AAUGUCCGCUUACCCCGGCCAAACCCGAACGACGCUGAGCCAAUUGUGCGCCGCCCUAUGGCUUUUGGGAAAAAGCAAGCUGCAAUCCAGGGCACAAAGGAAAUCUUAACAGCACACUAUAUCAAGCAACUUGAACAACCACUACGUUUUGGGUUCCUGCUGUUUAGAGUUUCUGCCUCUGUGGUGAAAGGGAAGCUUGUAAGUCUAGUUGACGAGGAGACCACACAAUGAAAUCCAUGAAUGAAAGCACGCUUGUGAAAUCUCCCCAAGAAGAGGGAAGGGGAGCACAUUCCAUCUGACCUGUUUGCAGUGAAGAGCAGUAUGAUGUGCAUUGAGUGGUAAACUGCCCUGGCCAGACAAUAAAACUCGGUCAUCUUUUCGCAAGCAAUUUGUUGAACACAAUACAUCUGCUUAUACUUGCCAAUUGUUUAGCGAUGUUGCUAGAAUUUCUGUGAAUACAGGAAGAACAAUGGCCAGGAUCAUUGACUGACUGACUGGCUACCCUCUGAGAUUGAUGAAAUAAUUUAACAGUGAAACAUACAGAAUGUACCCAAUCUAGUGGAAUGAUGUCUAGUUGAUGGCAUCGUUGUGUGGAUGAAAAGACCUUACAGAAGACUGGAGUGCUUUUGAUGUAUCUCCUGCGUGUGCCAACUGAUGACAAUGGAGGAUAAAAAUGUACUGUAUAUGGAAGCUAGUCUGGGAGGAAGGAUUCUCAUCCCCAUCUUGCCAAAGAAAGUGUCGAGAAGGAGGAAAGGUUUCAAAUAAUAACUAUUUCCGAACGCCCGCUCCAAACGGAAAGGGGGGUGUAUGUGCCACAUAACAGCUGGGGGCACAUCCCACAACAAUGAAGAUUGUAGCACCAUUUUCAAAUUCCCACCACACCAACAUGCAGAGUUGAGUGUCCCUCUCCCCCCACUCCGGAGUCACCAUGAGCUGGAGUUUCCUGACGCGUCUCUUGGAUGAGAUCUCCAACCAUUCCACCUUUGUGGGAAAGAUCUGGCUCACGCUGCUCAUUGUCUUCCGCAUUGUGUUGACGGCUGUAGGAGGCGAAUCCAUCUACUACGAUGAACAGAGCAAGUUUGUGUGCAAUACGCACCAGCCCGGUUGUGAAAAUGUGUGCUACGACGCUUUUGCGCCGCUCUCGCACAUCCGUUUCUGGGUCUUCCAGGUGAUCAUGAUCACCACCCCCACCGUCAUGUACCUGGGCUUUGCCGUGCACAAGAUUGCCCGCAUGGACGAUGAGGAAUACAGGCCCCGUGGUAGGAGAAUGCCCAUGGUGAGCCUAGGGACCAACCGGAACUACGAGGAGGCGGAGGAUAAUGGUGAGGAGGAUCCCAUGAUCUCGGAGGAGAUUGAGGUGGAGAAGGAGAAGAAGAAAGAGGAGAAGCCCAACAAGAAGCAUGACGGGCGCCGGCGCAUCAAGCGCAAUGGCCUCAUGAAGGUGUACAUCUUCCAGCUGUUGUCGCGUGCAGCUUUCGAGGUCUCCUUCCUGUUCGGCCAGUAUAUCCUCUACGGCCUGAAGGUGUCUCCCUCGUACGUGUGCAAACGCUCCCCCUGCCCGCACACAGUGGACUGCUUUGUGUCGCGCCCCACAGAGAAGACCAUCUUUUUGCUCAUCAUGUACGGGGUGAGUGCCCUCUGUCUGCUCUUCACCUUGCUGGAGAUCCUCCACCUGGGCUAUAGCGGCAUCCGGGACUGUCUCUGCCGCCCUCGUCCCCCAAUUCCCCACCAACUGGCUAGCCAGCGUCCCACACUAUGUGGCCACCGGGUCCCCACAGCUCCUCCGGGCUACAACACAGCUCUGAAGAAGGACCCCAAGGGCAUGCGGUUGGACUACAACCUGGGCGACUCGGGCCGCGAGUCGUUUGGGGACGAGACUUCACAGCGGGAGCUGGAGAGGCUGAGGAGGCACCUGAAGCUGGCCCAGCAGCACCUGGACCUGGCCCACCUGAACGAGGACAACCGCAGUCCGUCGCGGAGCAGCAGCCCCGAGUCCAAUGGGACGGCCGUGGAGCAGAACCGCCUCAACUUUGCCCAGGAGAAGCAGAGCAGCACCUGCGAGAAAGGUUUGCGAGCCUAACUUCUUCAUUUGCCCACCUGGCCCUCUAAUGAUAUAUUCUCGCAUCUGGGACAGUGGGGGUAUGAGGGAGCAUUGUGUGGGAACAGGUGUUGUGUAUAUGUGACUCGAGAAGGAUUAAUUGGUCUGCCUUUCAGUAUUGAGGCCAGUGAACGCUCAACUGAAACAUGCCAAACUCAACGAGCAGGCUCUUCCUACCCAGCUACACUUGACCAUGUCUGAAGAUUCAAAGUGACCCAACUGUUUUCAGAACAUGCCUAUUAGUAUCUCAGGGCAGCUGUGCUGUUUUGUUGAACUUUUUGUUAGUAGUUUGUAGUUAUUCCUCUUUGCUGGAGUUUAGAGGGGUCCAUCUCAAGUUGGCCUUGAACCUAAAACUGUAGUUUAAAUUUCAGCCAUUCCAAGAGGGAAUGGAAAGUGUGUCACAAAACCAUGUCAACAUUUUUUGGGGUGUGUUUUGUGAGGAAUAAGGAACCACAGUGAGUCAGUGUUUGAACUGGUAUGGUAAUAGACAGGGCUCUCUGCUGUUGAGCAGAAGAAAAGGUACUAAGUGGCCAAUUCAGAGGGUGUUGGUGAUAUUAUGCAGUGAAUAACUGUCUUCCAUGUGCAACAGCUUACAAUUAGUAAAUGGUUAAAACAAUGUGUUAACCACCAGUCAUAACUGUUAUAUUCGAGUUGUAGCACACCAACAGCAAUAUGUAGUUUGCAGAAAUAACUUACUUUGAUCAUGACCCCCCCCCCAAAUCUGAUGCCAAGUCUGGGAACUGGAAGCCUUUUUUGGCACCUUUGUCCAAAGGAUCAAAAACCUGGGUAAUGCUUGAAUUCAUGUACAUUAUCUUGUAUGUUUAUGUAACACAUGCUUUUGAUACUGUUCUUUCAUUUAGUUUUAUAUGGUAAAUGUUUGGAUGAUAUUGACACUUGGAAGUGCAAAAUGAAGCCUUUAAGGCAGUGGUAUUCAAAGUUGUGGUCAAGCCCAAAUAGUUUUGAACACAUUUUUGUAUGGGACAAUAAACAUUUUGAGAAAGAUAAUUAGAAAAAACAUUGUUCAGUAAAUGUAUCUAUUGGUUUCUUCAUUUUGAUAAGAGAUUAAAACGUAAUGAAUUGAAGGUUAUUUGUUGAUGUAAAGAUAGAAAUUCACAAAAACAAAAUCCUUUUAAGGUUGUCAUUGGACUCGGGUUGGGGUUACAAUACAUUUUUGUGAGGGUGGGGAAAUGGUACUGCUAAAAAAAUGUUUGAAUACCACUGCUUUAAGGCCACUGUGACCAACUAGUAACAAGUAUGAAGUUCCCUGCUUGGGGGUUGUCCAGGUCCGGUUAACUAAGCAUUUUUUCUGUCGAAUAGCAUUUUCAGAAAGCAAGCCAAUUGCCCACCAACUCGGGGUUAUAUUUUUUUAUACAUUGUGUGUUUCCCCUCAAAUUUGGACCUGUAUAUUUGUGGCUUUGUUACUUCUCUACUCAUUUCAAAAUCUUACGCUCGGUUCAGUGUUCAUUGAGGCAGUGAGUACGUUUACAUGCACACUAAUAAUUCGAUGUUCAACUUAUGGCAAUAGUCAUGUAAACACUACUCUCAUCUUGAGUCGGCUUAAUGAUAAAAUCGAAGUAAGCAUACGUUGAUUAAAACACCCGGUUUUCUGAAAUCUGUAGAAUUAAGAUGGCUGAUUCGGCAUUCCAGCUGUGUAUUUGAUCUGCUAUGUGCCAGUAGUGCAAGCCUCCCUCUUAUCUGCAAGUGAGUUCGGGAAAAACUGAAGGUAUGCAUCUUAGAAAUAGUUCACAUACAAACGUUAUAUGUCCGAACUCAGAAUCAAAUAGGUGUCACAAAUUACAUGGUCAAACGUUUAUUUUGAUGGUUUUCUGCAUUUAUUUAAGUCCCAUUAGGUAGCCCGGUUACAUACGUGAAAAGGAUUAUUAGGGAAAUUGUUCUUGCAGAGCUUUUAAACAAACAAUUCUAUAUUAAUCUGGUUAUGCACAAACCGUAUUGUGUGCAUGUUACUGUACUCUGAUGCAAAUCAAAUUCAAAAGCCUUAAACUGU